AUGAAUCCUAGCCCAGAGCUAAAUCCUAGCUCAGAGCUAAAUCCUAGCUCAGAGCUAAAUCCUAGCCCAGAGCUAAAUCCUAGCCCAGAGCUAAAUCCUAGCCCAGAGCUAAAUCCUAGCCCAGAGCUAAAUCCUAGCCCAGAGCUAAAUCCUAGCCCAGAGCUAAAUCCUAGCCCAGAGCUAAAUCCUAGCCCAGAGCUAAAUCCUAGCCCAGAGCUAAAUCCUAGCCCAGAGCUAAAUCCUAGCCCAGAGCUAAAUCCUAGCCCAGAGCUAAAUCCUAGCCCAGAGCUAAAUCCUAGCCCAGAGCUAAAUCCUAGCCCAGAGCUAAAUCCUAGCUCAGAGCUAAAUCCUAGCCCAGAGCUAAAUCCUAGCUUAGAGCUAAAUUUGAGAAAACCUAAAGGCACGAAACAAUUAGCUGAGGUAAAAUAG